UACAAAAAAAAGAUUAUAUAGACUACUUAUCUAGAGCUAAACAAGAUAAAGCUGUAUCAAAAUUGCCCAAACUUCAAGAUUUUUCUUGUGAAGAAGCAUUUAAAACUGCUAUGGAGGGGAACAAAAGAUGUGAAAAAAUUGAAAACUAUAACAAAACAAUUGAUGACUUAAAAGACAUGACUAAACGUGCUCCAUUCAUAGAUGGUUCUGAAACUUGUGCAAAUGAUGAUCAAUUUAAAAACCAUAACAAGAUGAAACAAGAACUAUACAGACUUGAGUUAACGAAACAGAUAGAAGAAAAGAAAUUACUAGACGAAGAAAGAAAACGUAAAGAACAAAUUAAAGAUGAAGCGAUUGAAAAAGCAGCAAAAGAAAGAGAUGAAAAAUUAAGAAAAGAGUAUGAAAGAGAAAUUGAAGAACGAGCUUUGCUUCAGCUUCAGAAAAGGUUAAUGCAAGAAAAAAUGAAAGAUGAAUUAUUAGAAAAUCAAAAAUCCAUUGAAACUAAAUCAUGGAAAUCGCCUAUAACAACAUUUUCAAAGCCAGAAAAAAAACAAAUACAAACCCAUUAUGAAUUUCCAAAUAAUUACAAAUUUGAACAGUUAGAAUGUCCACCACAGAAUGCAUUUGAUGAUGUUCCUCUACCAACAACAAUCGUUAGGCCACCUAGAAAAAUAAUGUAUAAUGAUACUGAUGAAGAAUUGAAAGAGUCAAGUAUAAAUGAACCUGAUAAUUUUUCAACAAAUAUCAUUGACACGUAUAUAAACCCAUGCAUGAAUCAUCGUAUUUCUUCUCCAAUAAUGAGACCAAAAAUGCGAGUUGGAAAAAAUGCUGUAAGACAACCAAAAGAGCCACCAGCCCAUGUGACUUUUGCAACAGACCCACCUAUAAAAAGAGACAUUUAUAACCCUGCUGCUAUACUACCUGACACUAAGUCCGUUAUUAUAGAUUCACCACUUACUCUGGCGUUGGUUGGUAAAAAUAUUGAUGAAGAUAAAAGCUAAAGCCAAAGCUAUUAACAAACCUAUCUAAACCUCUUACAAACAUUUGGUCCCUGAAAGAAUUUUUACAUUGUCUGAUCUUGAAUUUUUCGAUAAAGAUUUAUUAUCCAGUUUUGGCAUCAUUAGAAAACAAUUAAAUCAUCAAAAAUUUAAUCAAAUCUUAAAAAUGUCUAGUAAACAGCAUACAUGCAUUUUAUUGUUUUCAAUACUCUAUUCCUAUUUUUUUUUGUCUUUAUAAUUAUUAAUAUUGUAGUAAAUAUGUACACACACACAGAGGGUGUGUUUAUUAGGGUGGUUGGUUCAACAUAAAACCUCACUUUAGAAUUUUGUUUGCAGCUUCCCCCCUCCCCCAAAAAAGCUAUUCUGUGAAAAUUUGGAUUCGAUGGUACUGCAAACAAAAUUCUAAAGUAAUUUUUUUUAACCACAUAUAUUAUAUAUACAUUAAUGUACAGUUAUUUCACCAAUAAAAGAAGGAGAUUU